AUGAAUAAUAAUUCAUUACGUCGAGAGAAAUACGACGACAAUUCAGUCGAAAGCAAACGGCUCCAGCCACCGGAUGUAGCUAUACGAAGUAACCAAAAAAUAUUACGACCAAUUUCAUUAUUAAAAAUAGUUUUCGAUGGUCUUGCACUUAUAAUCGUACUUGCUGCAUGGUUAAUAUUUAAAUAUUUUGUUAAACCAGUUCGACGAGCAUUUUUAUGUUCGGAUUUAAAUUUAUAUCAUCCACCACCAGAAAAAAAAGUUUUUCCAACUUGGCUUUUAUUUAUUUGUGCUAUUAUAAUACCAUUAGUGAUUAUACUUCUAUCGGAAAGUAUUCGUUGGUUUUAUUUACAUCGUAGAAAGGCGGCUAAAGUCGUUUAUGAACUUCAAAUUCGUUCAAAAGUUUUUAAGAUUCCUGAAUGGGUGGGAAAUCUUUAUAUUAUUGUUGGUGUUUUUCUUUUUGCUAAUUGUGCUAAUUCAUUGUUAACUAAUAUUGGCAAAGUAGCUGUUGGUCGAUUACGACCACAUUUUAUUCCAUCAUGUUUUAACAAAUUCUCUUAUACAGAAUUUUGUCGUUAUCCAAAUGAAUGGAUGGUUAAUUAUGUAUGUUUAGGAGAAGCAAGUGAUAUUAUUAAAGAAAAAGAUGGUUCUUAUGAUAUUCGUCAAUCAUUUCCAUCUGGCCAUGCAUCAUCAGCUUUUUGUGGUUUAAUCUUUUUGGCUCUUUAUGUUCAUAAAGUCUGGAAUUAUCGUAAUUUUGGUCUAUUUCCAUAUCUUAUGAAAAUGGGUUGUUUUGCUUUAGCUGCCUAUAUUGGUAUUACACGUAUUACAGACAAUCGUCAUCAUGCUACAGAUGUUCUUAGUGGUGCAAUUCUAGGAACAGUUGUUGCGUUUAUUGGUUUUCGCUAUAUGGUCAAUUCAUUUAAACAAUCAGUUUUAAGAGAUCUUGGUAGUGAAUCAUCAACAUAUUGA